CAGCGUCGGCCGCCAAUGGCAAUAAUAAUGGCGGUAAGAAGCGAAGAAAGGGAACCGAUCUGAAGCCGAUCGUCACCAACGACGGCGCUUCAUCCGUGGUCGGUCAGACAGACACCAGCGAGGGGUAUGCUUGACUUUCUUCUUUUCUUUUCUUUUAUCCUUUCCUAGUCUUGAAAUUCUUGUUUUCCAUCUCUCGAAUUUUUCGCCCCUGAUUUCUGCGAUCGCUUUACAUUCUAUCCCCCCCCUUCCCCCCGCCUCCGUGAUUUUAAACAACUCGUGCAAUUUCUAACCGCCAUGGGUGGCGGCAGAGCUCCCGGAUACGGUGUCCCGCCAUCGCGCUCCCCGUCCGCCUCAUCCUCCGGCGAUGAGGUCGAGACCACCGCCGAAGAAGAGGAUUCGGAGGAUUAUUGCAAGGGCGGUUACCAUCCCGUCCAGAUCGGGGAGACCUACAAUAAUGGUCGCUAUAUCGUCGUGCGCAAACUGGGGUGGGGUCAUUUCUCGACCGUCUGGUUGUCCCGCGAUACCACCACGGGGAAACACGUCGCCCUCAAGGUCGUCCGCUCCGCGGCCCACUACACCGAAACCGCCAUCGACGAGAUCAAACUCCUCAACCGCAUCGUCCAAGCGAAGCCCUCCCACCCCGGUCGCAAACACGUCGUCAGCCUCCUCGACUCCUUCGAACACAAGGGCCCCAAUGGCGUCCACGUCUGCAUGGUAUUCGAGGUCUUGGGGGAGAAUCUGCUGGGCUUGAUCAAGCGAUGGAACCACCGCGGCAUCCCGAUGCCCCUGGUAAAGCAGAUCACGAAACAGGUGCUCCUCGGCUUGGAUUAUCUGCACCGGGAAUGCGGCAUCAUCCACACGGACCUGAAGCCGGAGAAUGUCCUGAUCGAGAUCGGUGAUGUCGAGCAGAUCGUCAAGACCUACGUGAAGGAGCAGGCGAAGAAGGACCACAAGGAGGAUAAUCGCAACGGGAGACGGCGUCGCCGGACGCUGAUCACGGGCUCGCAGCCGUUGCCCAGUCCGCUCAACACCAGCUUCGAUUUCAAACACAGUUCGCAGAACUCCCACAGCAGUCUCAGUCAGAUGGUGAACGAGUCCCAAACCCAAGAAGCCACGUCGAUGAAGGACUUGUUGGGCGUCAAAGAGGAGGAUGAACAACAACACACACGAGAGAAGACAGCUGAUCUUUUGGAGCGGGAGGUAUCCGGCAUCUCGCUAGACAAAACCUCGUCCAAGAGCUCCGCCGACGAGCCCGACCUCGACAUCAUCUCCGUCAAGAUCGCCGACCUGGGGAAUGCAUGCUGGGUCGGCCACCACUUCACCAACGACAUCCAAACACGACAGUAUCGGUCGCCCGAAGUGAUUCUAGGGUCUAAAUGGGGCGCCAGUACGGACGUUUGGAGUAUGGCCUGCAUGUCGUUUGAACUCAUCACCGGCGACUACCUCUUCGAUCCACAAUCCGGGACGAAAUACGGCAAAGACGACGAUCACAUCGCGCAGAUCAUCGAGCUGCUCGGGCCGUUCCCGCGGUCGCUCUGCCUGUCCGGCAAGUGGUCGCAAGAGAUCUUCAACCGCAAAGGCGAGCUGCGAAAUAUCCACCGACUCCGGCACUGGGCGCUGCCAGACGUGCUGCGGGAGAAGUACCACUUCUCCAUGGAGGAGGCCAUGCGCAUCAGCGAGUUCCUCCUCCCGAUGCUGGAGGUGACGCCCGAGCGACGAGCCAACGCGGGCGGGAUGGCAUCACACAACUGGAUGCAGGGCACGCUCGGCAUGGACGGGGUCGAACUGGGGAUCGCACCGGGGAGUCGAGGCGACGGGAUCGACGGGUGGGCCAUGGAAGUGAAGAGAAGAUGAUCACAUUACCCUUUUCCCUCCUCUCUCAUCUCUUUAAUACCUUCUAUACUCGAUUUACCCUCGAUGUAUGCGUCGAUCUUGGCUCAGUUUUGGCGGCCCGGGAUGUUUAUGAUUUGACACGAUGUUCGCAGCCCCCCCCAUUUAUUCUCCUUGUUUGAUCUGUUCUCUGCCGUUCCUUACCCGCCUUACCCGCAUAGAGUCUAUCCACUCGGUAGCACUCGGUUGACUGAACCUGAGGCUACCGACCCUCCCCUUUCCUUCUCCCUUCCACGCUUUGUGCCCUAGUACCUGUCACACCCCUGGUGUCGUCUAGGUCAGAG